GAGACACACAUACACAGAUAUCUCUAGAAGGGAACCAGAGAGAAAAAGAAGAGGUUGACUUGUUGAAUCCUCCAUCAUGGCGCUGAGGGACGAGCUGCUGAAGUCGAUCUGGCACGCGUUCACUGCUCUGGACGUGGACCAGAGCGGGAAAGUCUCCAAAUCUCAGCUGAAGGUGCUGUCCCACAACUUGUGCACAGUGAUGAGGAUCCCACAUGACCCCGUGGCCCUGGAGGAGCAUUUUAAAGACGAUGACGAGGGUCCUGUCUCCACCCAGGGGUACAUGCCCUACCUGAACAAGUUCAUCCUGGAUAAGGUGACUGAUAACUUUGACCGUCAGGACUUCAACAAAAUGUGCUGGACUCUGUGCUCCAGGAAAAAGCUGCAACAGAGUCUGCUGCUCAUCUCCAACGACGACGCCUUAAAGAUGUGGUGCAUCUUCAACUUCCUGUCUGAGGACAGUUAUCCACUGAUCAUCGUCACCGAAGAGAUCGAAUACUUCCUGCGUAAGCUGACGGAGGCGAUGGGGGGCAGCUGGGUGGAGGAGCGGUUCGAGGACUACAAGCUGCAGCUGGACUCGAAGCAGCAGUGUCUGAACGCCUGGGAGCUCAUCAGCUUGGUGGGGUCGGGUCACUUCAGCAAGGCCAUGGACCGGCAGACGCUCUCCAUGGGCAUCAGCGACGUCUACCAGGAGCUCAUCCUGGAUGUGCUCAAACAGGGCUUUAUGUUGAAGAAAGGUCACAAGAGGAAGAACUGGACGGAGCGCUGGUUCAUGCUGAAGCCAAACUCCAUGUCCUACUACGUUGGCGAGGACCUGGCUGAUAAGAAAGGAAACAUCUUAUUGGAUGGAAACUGCAGUGUGGAGCCUUUACCAGACAAAGAGGGAAAGAAGUGCCUCUUUAUCAUCAGGUCGUCACUAAAAAGCUUUGAGAUCAAUGCGUCGGACAAGAAGAAGAGACAGGAGUGGAUCCAUGCCAUUCAGACUUGUGUGAGUCUGCUGCGUCAGGGCCGAAAGGCGCCGCAUUGUGAGGCUCGGCUGAAGCGGCGCGAGCUGCGAGUGAAGCAGCAGGCAGAGCAGGAGGACCUGGAGCUGAGGAUGAGGGAGCUGCAGACGGCCAAUGAGGCCAAACAGCUGGAGCUGGAGAACAUGAGGAAGGCUCUGGACGAAGGAGCGGCUCAAGCAGCAGAAGAAGAACGAAGGCGGCUUCAGACCCAAACUGAACUCCAGGACCGCUACAGGAUGGACCUGGAGAGAGAGAAAUUGGUACGGCAACAGAUGGAGGAGCAGGUGGCCCAGAAGUCCACUGAGCUGGAGCAGUACCUGCAGCGGGUAAAAGAGCUGGAGGACAUGUACAGUCAACUGGAGGACGCUCUGGAGGACGAGAGACGGGCCAGACAGGACGAGGAGGCUGUCCGUAGGCUACAGACACGGUUACUGGAGGAAGAGGCCACAAAGAGGGUCGAGCUGGAGCAGAUCCAUCUGCGGCAGCAGCGGGCCAUCUCGGAGACGGAGGCUGAGAAACAGGAGCUGCAGAGGGAACGUCAGGCCAAAGAGAGCGCCCUGCAGGCUGCCAUGACACAACUCGACCUCCUGGAACAGGAGAGGCAGGGUGCCCUUGAGCAGUACCAGACGGUGAUAAAGACACUGGAGGACGCAGCCAACAACACAAAGACCUGGAAGCACAAGGUGGCUGAACAUGAGGGCUUGUUACGGCUCAUUCAACCAGGUUCCAAGGGACAGAGGCUGAUCACUAACUGGGGCCCAGCAGCCUUUUCUGAUGGAGAGCUCCACCUGAGGGAGAAGAAGUGGCAAGACAUGAAGAACCAGACAACUCAGGCUCAAUAGAGGCUGAACCUUAAACCUGUUGACAACUCAGAGGAGAUGAGUGGAGAGACUGCUGGGAUAUAGAGUAUAUGCUGUCUGUGAUAAAACAUAUCCAAGUGGUAACUUGAUUUUCACUAAGAUUGACAAACAUUAUUGUGAGAACCAUUUUUUUGUCAAGGAGGCAUUAAGUCUGUAAAUGUAUUCCUUUUAUGAAUUUUGCCCUUUAAACAAGUCGCUGUCACUAUAAAAUGCCAGAUUAAUGGAGCAGUCCUUAUAAAUGUACAGGAAUUAAAUCGACUUAUAAAGGUGAGUUCACUUUGGUAUUUAAUACUGAUGUUUAACCCAAAUUUAGAAAGCACAUAUAUAUACACAGAGGACAUAACUAAAAAGUGCCUUGAACCUCUUAAUAUUUCAAACGUUUAGCAUUUAAUCUUUUGAAGGACCAACAGCCAGAGGCUACCAGUCUAUUAAUACCUCAUUGAGUGUCCAUGCAACUACCUUUAUUAUUUUGCUCUACUUAAUCCCGACUCUCUGUUUGAACUCUAUAAAAUGCACUACAUUUGGUCCAACACAAAUAGUUUGAAGGUGUGUUAAGUAUCAGGUUGUUGUUAAGUUAAUCAUCUGGGGCCAGUUGUUCAAAAGAUUGUAUCCAGAUAGAAGUAAUCCAGAUUGGAACAAAUCCUAAAAACGGGUUGAUCAAAAGGAAAAAGGGUAUUCUGAAAUCAGAUUAGAUAAAAAUUUUAUGUAGGGAUGUGAUACAUUUGAUCAUAAAAAGGUGGAUUAUUCUGAUAUAAGAAAAUGCAAAUAAACAACAUCUAAUGAAAUAAUCAAGUUAUACAGCAUUUGCAUCAUGUAGUGUGGAUACCUAUUUAUUUACAUUUUGCAUUUGAAUUGUUUGACCAUUACAAUGAUUAAGUAGAUGAAAUAGAAAUGAGGCUCCAUAUCAACCCUGUCAGUUGAGUUAAAUGAAGACAUAGUAAAGGUUUUUGAUCACAUAAAAUAAUUCGCCAAAUAACUUUCAAUAUCAAACUCAUUUUUCUUAAAAAUCUAAUACUCCUUUAUCACAGGUCUCAUUAUAAAUUAAGUAUUAUGAAUGUUUUUUUUUCACUGUUUUCUGUUGGACAUUUAACAUUUUUAUAAUUUAACGUGUACAAAUCAUCUCCAAAUUUCUUUUGCCUAUUUGUUUAUCUUCGUUGUUGGUCAUAUGAGGGUUCUGAAAGUU